AUGCCAGUAUAUAGUUUACAAUUAGAACGAACAGAAUUACAAGAAAUAAAAACUGCUGAAUCAACAACAAAACAAAGACGCGGUAGACUUGGUAGAACACAACCUGGUGAAUACUAUGCACUGUACGAUUAUACACCUGGUGAACAACGAAAGUAUCCUGUGCCACAAAUAUGUCAAUCAGAAUUAGUAAAUAUAGAAUUUGCUUUACGAAGAUCUCGAUUGAAAACGAGUUUGAAAGAAUUUCAACAAUAUUUACUUGAUAAACCAAAAAAGGAAUAUAUUGACGAUGCCUUGAAACAACUACAACGCUUAGGACUCAUAAACUUUUCUUCCAAUGAAAGUUUCACUAAUCUUGGUGCGUCAAUUGCAAAAUUACCCGAUUUCAGCUCUUUACCGAUGUCUAAAGCUGUCUAUGCUGCAUUGAAACAAUACCGUUGUGGUCGUGAUUUGAUCAUUUUGCCAUCAAUUUUGUCCGUUCUUAAUACAUCAGCCAUACUGAAAUCAAUUUCAAUUCAAUAUAACGGUUCCGAAGGCAAUUUUAUGACACUUUUACAAGUGAUGAAUGCCGUUUUAAUGGUUCGCGAUGCAGUUCCACCUAAACAGUUCAAGUUAGAUCGUGUUUGUGAUGCUAAAGGAUUGGCCGCUAUUGCACAUAGCUUAUCAGAUGAAUUCCGCGAACUUGCUCGUGUUCAAUCUGGCAACUGGGAAAAUAUAGCUAAAGCAUUAUUGACUGGAUUUUCCGAUAAAAUAUAUGCAUCUCUAAAAAUGCUUCAAGGUAAAGCACAACAAUUUGUAAAGUACAAUGUGAAUCAACGAAGAUCGAAUAAUCAACAGCAAGAUUCAUUGAAUGAAGUAGCUGAAAUUGCAGUUAUUGAUAGAUCUUCGACGUUAAGAACUGGAAAUAAAGGAGCUUUACCUGCACCAUUAGUUAUAGCUCGUGAUGUUCGAUAUUUAACAGCUGUACGUUCAGCUUCUAUUCUGUCAUUUAUUGGACAACUUGAAUCAUCAUGGUUAGAAUAUAUUUUUAGUCGUGAAUUACAAUUAAAUGAAGCUGAAGAAAAAACAUUGAAAGAUAAAAAUAUAUUACAACAAGCAAUUCAACGUUUUUCACAAGUACAAAUCCAAAUCAAUAAUAGAAAGCUAGUAUUCCAUGGUCCAUCGGGUCACAUUCUCAAUGCUGAACUUUAUGUUCGACAACAACUGAUAACUGUGUUAAAUUUUACACUGGUACCCGAUUAUCCAAACAAUUCUGACAAUAAUCUUACGAGAAAUUUAAAGAGCAUAACAAAUAUGCCUGGUGAUUUAUUUGGUCCAUUACGAUGGCGAUGGGAGUCUGAACAGCAAGUGAAAGUACGAACAAAAAUGAAUAAGAAUAAUGGUACGAUUGAUGUGACUGUCGAAGGUAUUGAUUCACAAAAUCAAGCAGUACAUAGAGAAUUUAUGUCAUUCUUAAGCUGGCUACGCAUUUGUGCUGUAAUUCGAUAUCCGAAUUCAGGAGUUUCACCUCGUGUUUUGAAACCGGAAAUACGUGAUCAAUUUCUCGACAUGGAAGCAAAAAUUAGCAAUAUAACUGAUCCGGAUCGAACGCCGGUCGACAUAUGGAAAAGUUUGAAAGGUCCUAAUGCCAAACGUGAAACACGUAUGGAAGUGGUGGCAUGGAUAGCUGUGUGUCAGUUUUAUUGUCGACUAGAAGGCGGUUUUGUUCGUGAUUGGGUUGUUCAAUAUCAAUCAUCCGGUGUACCGUUGUUACAUAAAGAUCUGGUCCCAUCAGAUCUCGACUGCCAUUUAUCACAGUCAAAGAAUUUCGACAUUGAAGCUUUUAUAGAUGCAUUAUUUGUCUAUGGAAUUACAGUAACAACGAUUCGACAAGACUGGCGUUACAUACUUUUGAUAGAUGAAAAUUCCAAGACUGGUCCAUUUACAAUGGAUUUAAUCGAACCACAUAUUGCUCUAACGCAUGAUCGAAUUGAUUUUGAUGUUAGUAAUUUAUCGUUAGAAAGAGGAUAUACAAAAGAUUUGGGUAUGCGUGUUGAUAUCACUCGUGGAUCAUAUCCAAUUCAACUUGAAAAGAUUGUUGAAAAUAUCCGUAAUAAAAAUUUUCAAGUUUUACGGCCAAUCGAUGGCAAAAAUGGGCCAAAUACAUCAGAUACGGUUGCUGAACGCAUACAGAGGAUGAAAUCAAGAGGAUGGACACAAAUUGGCAUACCAUUAUCGUUUAUCCCAGAUCCACCGUCCACUUACAAUACUGCUCUCGUACCUUAUCCAUCGACAACAGUACUCUAUCAGGACCUUGUGACUCAAAUCAAAAAGAUACCUGGAGCAAAUGUUAUAUCGAUUGAACAAAUAAAAAAUCCUAAUAUUGAAGCAUUGUAUGAAUAUAUGAAACGAACAAUAGCAAAAGAAUGUCCUGGUAACGAUCCAAAUGAACGUAAAUUAUUUCAUGGUACUGGUGAUCCAGCAAUUGAAGGAAUAAUUAACAGAGGUUUUGAUGGCCGAUACUUUUCUCCGAGCGGUGCAUGGAGUAUGUUAACAGUUUCAUUCACAAACUGUUGUUUUGAUUCUUAG